AAUUCAGUACGCUUUAUGGUGAUCAAAGAAACAAACGCGAAUUUCUCCAAGGCACAUCGCUGGUGACUUGGCGGUUAACCGCAAUUACUUACAAAAAUCCAUUGAAUCGAUCGAAACAAAAGUUUUACUUCGAAACUUUCGCAACCGAAAUAAUUUCAUUUGCCGUAUAAAGGAUGCGAUAUGCCAAGAAUUCGAUGCUGAUUGAGAUUUAAGAAAGUGUUUGUUAGCAAGAAGUGACGUUUAAAUAACUGUGAAGAACCGUGAUAGACUUGAAGAAGUCUUCAAUAAAUAGCUGGCUGUGUAUAAUGGAAUUUGGCGUAAACUUUUGUGUCGAUAAAAAUUGUUAAAUAUUUUGUAAUUGUGCUAAAUUUUGCAUUGAACUUGCUAAUUACUUUGUUAUGUGAUAAUUCUCCUGGUUUUGCCUCUGUAUUAGUAUGUGUUAGUGUUAAAUUCGCGUAAAAAGAAUAUUUAGAAAGAUGCACUUUUCCACUUCAACACUUCUUCCGCCUCACCGUCGCGACGCAUGCAGGCCUUGUGAACGGCAAGUCAAGAUUUUUAUAAUUUUCCUCAUUGGUGGAUUAACAACAUUGUGCCAUAUUGGGAAUGUGACAGCGGCAGCUAGUACAAAAACAAAACACGCAACAGCUUCAUUCACAGCCAGCAAUGAGACUAUAGUCUACACACCAACAACAAUUAUUGCCGAUUAUAGCAACAACAACAGCAGUUUAUGUGGCAAAAAUGGUUUUAGUGUAGAAUUACCAAAACCUUUGUUGUUGUUGGACAACAGGAAGCAAACAGCUAAUACAUUGGCGGUUGAAGCAUCGUCAGCUGCAUUGGUAGAGCGUCAACAACGCGCUUACUCCAAUCGACCGACGCUAAUGGAUGUCGCGUUGCAGGCGUCGGCACGCGAGGGGCUCAAUGCGAUGACUGAAUUGUAUGGGAAAAUUGUGCCGGAUAUACUACGCAAUGGACAUGUGCUUCAGGAGAAUCAUCCAGCUGCAUUGCUAUCUAAAUUUAGCGAGUCUGUAAGUGAAACACUGGAACAGGAAAUGGCCGCUUAUGCCACCAUAUCGGCGACGAAAGCUUUUCGCAAUAACUACAAAUACUUCAAUGAGCUGGCACGUCAGGCGCACACCUCGAAGAUUUCACUGCGCCACACCGCGCUGGAAGGACUCUGUCCGCCGCGUGAUCCGCCCACCUGCAUGCCGGCAUCGGCGCGUUAUCGCACACACGAUGGCACCUGCAACAGUCGGCGGCGUCCGCGUUGGGGUGCGUCGCAAAUGCCGUUCAAUCGUUUUCUGCCGCCCGAGUAUGGCGACGGUGUCGAUUCGAUACGCAUGUCCGUUGAGGGCGGUCCAUUGGCCUCAUCGCGUUUCGUCAGUCUGCUGGUGCAUGGCGCGCGCGAUGGUGAUGCGGCCGUGACACUGAUGACCGCGCAAUGGGGACAGCUGCUCGAUCAUGAUAUGACCUCGACGGCGCAACCGCGCUCAAUCAACGGUUCGGUACCAAGUUGUUGCGGCAACACCGACUUCCAUCCAUCCUGCUUCCCAAUCAAAGUACCGCUAGACGAUCCAUGGCUGGCGCCACUCAAAGUGCGCUGUUUGGAGUUUCUGCGUUCUGCACCUGCGCAGCGUCGUGACUGCAUACUCUCUUGGCGUGAGCAGACCAAUCAGGCAACCUCUUAUAUAGACGCGUCACCCAUAUAUUCGAACAGCGCCAAGUCUUCUGACAAUGCGCGUGUCUUUCGCAACGGUAUGCUCGUCUAUGGGCGCGGCAAUCCUGCUGAGGAUGUGUGUCAACGCGGUGCGAUCGCUACGCAGUGUAUACGCGCAGGCGAUGGGCGCAGCGGUGAGCAGCCUGGUUUGUUGGCUUUACAUCAUGUUUGGGUGGGUGAGCAUAAUCGCAUAGCGCUGGAGUUGAGUGAAAUGAAUUUACAUUGGAGCGAUGAGAAGAUCUAUCAGGAGACACGUCGCAUAGUGGGCGCCAUGUUUCAACACAUCACUUACAGGGAGUUUCUGCCAAUUGUGCUGGGUCGCGAGGUGUGCAGACUCUUUGAUUUAGAACUGUUGAGUACUGGCUAUUAUCAAGGUUAUGAUCCGAAGACGAACCCAACGGUCGCUAACUCAUUUGCUGCGGCCGCAUUUCGCUUUGGUCAUUCGUUGGUGCAGAAUUCUUAUAUGCGCUGCGAUCGCUUUCACAAUUUCAUGCGAAACAAUGUUAGUCUGCAUGAGGAAUUCCAGCGCGGUGACAUCGGCUCGCCUGGUUCAUUGCAUCGCCUGCUACGUGGUUUGGUGAAUCAGCGCGCGCUCAAGCGGGAUGAGUUCAUAACACCUGAGUUGACUAAUCAUCUCUUUCAAACACCAGGUUUUCCAUUCGGUUUGGAUUUGGCGGCCAUCAAUAUACAGCGUGGUCGAGAUCAUGGUGUGCCACCUUAUACCUCGUGGCGUGUACCUUGCGGUCUUACGCCCAUAAACAGUUGGGAGGACUUUGCUAAUGUGGUUGGUCCCCAGUCGGCACAACGCAUCAGUCACGCCUAUCGCAGUGUACAUGACAUUGACCUCUUUGUUGGUGGCAUUGCCGAACGUCCAGUUGUGGGCGGACUUGUCGGUCCCACAUUUGCCUGUAUCAUCGCACAGCAAUUCAGUAAUUCACGUAAAGGUGAUCGUUUCUGGUACGAGAAUGGUGGUCUCGAAAACUCUUUCACGCCUGCACAGUUACAAUCAAUAAGGCGUGUCUCACUAGCGCAGGUGCUCUGUCGUGCUGUUGGCGGUGGUACAAUGCAGCCACAUGCGCUGUUACCGCCUGAGGUGGAGGGUAAUGAACGCCAAGUUUGUGGUACUGGCACAUUGUCGGCGCUCGAUUUGAGUCCAUGGAUCGAACAGGAUCCGUUUGCGACCAGUCCGACGACGCAAGCGCAAGAGCCGGAUCGCGUAUUUGAAAUUAUAACGACAGAUAAGAUAAGAGAAAGCUUUCCUGGUUCUGUUCAAGUAGUGAAAGAGAAUAAGGCUGGUUUUCCAAAUCGUGUACGACCCGUGGAUAAUAAGAACUCAGCUAAUGGGUUUGUAACCGAAAUUAAGGUGCCGGGUGAAAUAAUACAUAUUAGCGACAAAUUGGACAUACGACAAAAAGUGACGGCUGCAAAACGACCGAUUGUGACAGCGAAACCAAUUAAGGGCGUCAAUAAUAAGAUUGACAAAAAUCCGACAAAGAUUACACUUAAUAUACGUGGGGUAAAUGUACGACGACCACAGGGUAACCGACACACCAAUCUCGUUGUUAACAAAAUACCGAUCGAACUGCGAAGUGCAACAGAAGACGAGACUGGACGCAACACUGCCGUGAAGACGAAUUCAACAAAAUCUACAAAUUCGCAGACUACAACCGAAAGCAUGACCGAAAAAAAGGUGGAAGCACGUAUAGACGACACUGAACACGAAAUGCAAAUAGAGCUGAACGAGCCACUGGACACUGACAAACACAUUGACCUCUCCAAAGAUGCACUAAAUAAUACAGAUUUUGAAGAAACCCAAACCUCAAAGACUUUGCAUAAAGACGACACUACAGACGAUCUACUAUCAACACUGGAGCAAAGCAGCUCUGAUACAAAAGACAACACAGCAAACGACAAUGCACGACAAUCAAAGCUUGAGCUGGAAUCAGGAGACGAAGCACUUAGCUUUAUUACAGAAACGACCUCAAUUAAAGACAUUAUUUCCGAGGAAACUCUUGAUGCAAAAGUGCAGACUCCCGAUGAGAGAAAAGACGGAGAUAGUGAGGCUUCACAAUCCGUGAAGGAAUUUACACUUAUUACGGCAGCUCUGCGCAAUGCCGAAGCAAAGAUAGAUGCAAAAGACGUGGAAGACUUACAAGAAAAAUUGAAUACUGGUAGCAACAUCGCCGAAUCGAAAACUGAGGAAAAAAUGUUAGUACCCGACAGAGAUACAGAAACAGACAUAGUACCCACUAAUAAUGACGUACCUACUGAUGGGAACGACAAAACUGCAGUACCUCACACUUUAUUAUCAGACGACGUAGAGAACGAAGCGACAGUUUUAACGGACGAUGAUUUUACGCAACACGCAAAGACGCUGGCAAUCGAAACUCAGACUGAUAAAGACAAGGAAGACAGUACGCAGACUACGACAGCUAACUUAUUGCUCACAAAAUCAGCGCGUUCGACUGUAGAACUAGACGACGUUACUGUACAUGACGGAAGUGAUGAUCAGUUAAACAAUUUUACGGACCAAACAUCUAAUGACAGUGAACCACAUACCGCCGACCUUAACCCAAUGGAACGUUUGCAGGAAAACGCUGAACUUACACGUUUGAGACGACGCGGACCGCAGGAAAACCGAAAACUGAUUGUAGUCAAAGUACCGAACAGAAAUAACGAGACUAAAACUAGAUAUCAACCCAAAACUACAAAAAGUGCGAACUACAGAAAAACAACUAAUGUCAUACCACUUACAAAUUUAACGACACGUUCCACUUCCCGACAGGUAGAACUCAGACAAUACCAAACGCAACCGACAUUUUACACAAGACCACAGAAGGUGGUAGUCAACGGACCGAACUCAGACCAAUACGAAAUCGAAAUAAACAUACGACAAACAAAUAAGCAAUCAUCUUCGGCGCUACCAUUAACCACCGCGGCGAGUCCGUACAAGCCAUUCCAUUAUGACAAAUACUCACCCAGUUAUGUGGGCACCUACUACUCGAGUACUAUACCGCCACACGCCUUUUAUCCGCACACACCCACCGUUUCGGCAAAUGUCGUACAAACACGACGUACCAAACCGCCGACCGUCAUUUAUAUUAACGAACAUGAAGACCGUUACACAACGACCACACGCGCGCCUGGACUGUUUCAGAAUAUUCUGUCAUUUGCGACCAGCGGUUUUGGUAACAAUAACAAACCACAGCAAAAUCAACAGCAACAGAGUUCACACAGUACGACAGGACAAAAAGAGCACGCAAAUUACGGAGCUAGUGUCUCGAAUGUUUAUGAGAACAAUCAAAUUUAUGGACCGAAUGCAGAUACAUCUUCCUUACCGCACUAUGGACCGCGACCAACGAACCAAAAUGCGUUAUCAGCGUUUCCCGCCGUACCAUCGGCUGCUAGCCUAAGUCAGGUGGGCGGAGUGACGAAUAAUGGCCUGGUACAAGCGUCUAGUAGUGCGAUCAGCACUGGCAAUUUCGGUACCAUUAUCGGUGUGGCACAAGCGAAUGGCGCAGAUAGUACUUUUAGUUUCAACAUACGACCCAAACCCAGCGGUGUGGUCCAGUCACAAUUACCUUUACCGCCAAAUCAAAUCGAUGGCGGUAGUUACGGUCUUUUGCCGUCGCGAAACCCCCCAUUUAACCAAGUGUCGAACACGGGAUUCUUAAGUUCUCAACAUUCCGUGCCUUCCCAAAGUGGACAGACACAUUUUGGAAAUACGCACCAAGAAAGUGCUAAUAGUCCCUUUUCAAGUGCACACAAAAGACCGCAACACGGAACUUAUGACUACUACAGUCACAUACAGAACUUACCGUUACAGCAGAAAACCAAUGUGGAACAUACUUUUACUAUCAAGGACUAUGACGAAAUCGCCAUUUCACGCACACUCGAACCAAUUCUGACGAACAACACGACGAACGAUGAAAAUGACAUUGACGACGAUGAUGACGACUACGAUUAUGGGGACGAUGAUUUGGGUUUGAGCGACAAAUUUGAUCAAGACGGUUACAUAAGACCCGAACAUAUGAUACAAGCAAUGAUAAAAUCGAAGGAGAACGAAUUGCGUAACUUGACUGCCAACAAGAACUGUAGCACCAAAAUUUUGGACGACAAUUACGUAUUGCCCGUACUUAAUACAACUCUUGACACACUGAGCGAAGAGUAUGCACCUAAACUGUUAGAACAAAGUAUAGAAACGACAACUACUGAACAAACGACGACUACGACGACAGAAAGUGUUACUAACUUCCCUGAUGUGGUGGGUAAACAUCUCAAUAACGACAUUUUGGCCGAAGACUAUGACGACGAGACGACCGAAGCUUUAAUUACCACGAAAACGACUGUAUUACAGACGUUGACGAACGCGCCACAAAUUGCAAAGAAGACUGAAACCGAAACCAGGAACGCGAAACCAAUUCUAGCCGAACGUAUUGCUUUUGCGCCCAUUAAGAUUUUAACUAAGUUAGAAAGACCAGACAAUUGGAUAAUUUACGAUUCGCCCAAAAAUUACCCUUCGCUACCUGAAUUGCCAGUCAUGAAUGAAGACACGUCUGCACCCACAGAUGAAAUACCGAUGCCUAUUAGGGGUUUAGCUGGCAUUUGGCAGAAAAAGAUGCAGGCACAAAAGGACAGGAAUAGAGUGCAGUUUGGACCAACUGAGGCGGCGCAAGCUGUCGAGUCCACGUUGCAAGCGCAAACGGAAGUUUUCACAACCGUUGCCCCAGUUAAUACUGUUUAAGUGCUGUUAUGAUUGGGACUAUUUAGGGUCACUGAAUUAUGUAUACGAAUAUAUUAUAUUAUUUAUUUAUUUAUUUAUUAUUAGGUUAGCUAAUUAUUUAUAUAUAUUUUAUUCAGAUAGCAACAAAUUAAACCACUUUAUUUUACAAAUACAA